AUGUACAGCUACAACUCCUCUGCAAACACGACAGCAUCGAGCCCACCAACUGACAAGCCAUCGAAAACAACACGACCCGUCAUGCCAUCCUCCACCCUACCUUCUCAGCAGGAUCUCUGCCACCAACUUGAGCAGACCCUUCUCAAGCUCGAGCAAGACCCCUCCCGUAUCACCACGGAAGACGCCCGCCGUUUCUCCGAGAACUAUGAUGCCCACGACACCCGAUCUGCCCGCAUCAUCUCGGCCGUUGAAGCAUGCGCCGUUGCUAAUCUCGAGGUCCACGAUCAGAACCCCAGUUUCGGUCAAGAACUUCACACGUCGCUGCUCACUCUUGUCAAGGAUUUGCAGGCGGCUGUUACCUGCAAUCCAGGCGAUGUCACUGAUGAGGUUUUGAGGACUGCACAGAGCGUAGUCUCCAAAAUGCAGAAAGCUGUUGGUAACACCAACGUAGCCCACCCAGAAGUCGAGGCCGAGCUUCAGCAGGAAAUCAUCAAGGUCGAGCGCAAGAUCGAGCAAGGCACUAUUACCAAGGCUGAAGCAGACCAUCUUCACUCUCUUGAGUCGAGGGCCUACGGACAUACAGAGAAGGGUGGUAUCACGGCUAUUGCGCAGUCUGUUGUUGCGAAGCGAGAGAGGCAGUUGUCACUGGGCACUGGUUCUAGUCCUGCAGGUGGGCGUAAGAGAGCGGAUAGCCAGACGCAGCCAGGUCCCAGCCAGGAGAAGAGUAUUCGAGGCGAGGCAAGCGAUGCACCAAAGAACGGCCUGUAUGUUCUGGGAGAUUGGACUAACGGCUUUCGUCAGACUUCUUGUGGCACUGGCAUUGAAACCAAGAUCGCAGAGCUUGGUCUUGGAUCCAAGGGCAACGAGAAGAAUGAGAAUGUUGGCAAGAAGGAUAGCGAGGGUGAAGAUCGCCACGAUAGCAGAGACAUUGAGGAAGGUCCUGUCGCUCCUAUUGUGGCUAAGCCUCCUACUCGCAAAGAGAGCCAGCAUGUUUUCGGUCCUUGA